UCCAAAGCAACAGCUCCCUAGUACGUGAAAUAAAUAAAAUAAAACAUAAUUUUAAAGUAAUUAAUUAUAAUAGCUUAAUAAUUCAGUCUGGAAGUGGAUUUUAUUUCACACCACUAAUUAACUGAUUGACAUCAUGAGCUCUAUAAAUAAUUAUGGAUAUGAACCUAACAGCAGCCAAAUAAUAUAUCAAAAUCUACACAGCACAGACCAACAGUCUCUUAAAAAUUUAAUAGCGGAGUUGACGAUGGAAGUGCGGGCUUUAAAGACAGAAGUGAAGGAGCUAAAGGAAGAAAACAAAAUAAAUUUGUUGAAGCUGACAGAGGAAGUUAUUGCGGUCAAAUUGGAAAACAGGGGAAAACCCUCUGAAAGUCAAAGCCCAGAAUUCGACCAACUACCAUUUUACCAUAAGAAGGAUCUUGACGAUUUCGAAGCACAGCUUUUACAAAAACCAGAGUUGUUGAAGAAAUUUGUAUGUAUAAUGCUUAUGUUGAUUUUACCAGUUACAAAUGUAUAACAAAGAAUUAUUUAUAGAAACUGUAUAUUAAGAAGA